AUGGCGGCUUUUACCACCCCCAAGAACAAAGUCAUUCUCGGCAUCGCCGCCGUUGCAGCCUUCGUAUUCGUCUUGGCAGCAAUAAAGCAGACGGGUACGGACCAAGGCCAGCACCUCGAGCACCUAAGCUCAGCGAUUUCAUACACGAAGGAUACGGUGUUGUCGCCCUUCAAGUCGUCGAAAACGUUCUACGAGAUUGCGAAAGCCCAUGGGACCGAUAAAGUCUCGAUGCACAGCUAUCAGGAGAUGUACCAAAAGUACUUUCCCGCCAUCCGCGGUAAAAGGCUAAAGAUGUUAGAAAUCGGACUUGGCUGCGACAUGGGCUACGGGCCAGGGGCAUCAUACUACACCUGGCUGGAGUAUUUUCCGAACGUCGACCUGUACUACAUGGAGUUCGACGCAGCAUGUGCCAAAGAAUGGGCGCACAAGACGACCGGCGCUACCGUAACAACAGGCGAUCAAGGCGACCCGGCGGUCCUGGAAGCUUUCAUUGCGAAGCAUGGAGGUGAUUUUGACAUCAUUAUCGACGACGGCGGUCACACCAUGGACCAGCAGAAGACCAGCUUGCAGCACCUGUGGAAGGCGGUCAAGCCUGGCGGGCUGUAUUUCUGUGAGGACCUGGAAACGAGUUUCAUGCCUGCCUAUGCAGGCGGUACCCACGGUGAGCCGGCGACGAUGGGCGAGACGAUGGUUGGGAUGAUCAGCAGGAUGAUAGAAGACUUGAAUUAUCCUGCCUACGGUAGCUACGAUGUUGCGGUCCCGCGUCAGAUUGUGUUCGACGAUAUCAAAAGCCUGGUUCACAUUGACUGCAGCAGGCAUGUGUGCGUCUUCGAGAAGAGGCUUACUUAA